AGUGAGAUCUCCUUCUAAAUAGCCUUUUUAGAGAAGAACAUUGUAGACGUAUUAAUACGGAUUGAUAAGAUGUCUACUAUCCAGACUGAUAGUAUCACUUCCAAUGAUCACCAAGACGUUUUAAUGAAUCCAAUUCAGCAAAACAAUAUGAUAUCAACAAAUGAUACUACUAUACGACAUCGAAUGAAACAAAUCAAAUUAAAUAUUUCAAAUUAUUUAUUCAAUGUUCAACAUGAAUCGAAUUCAAAUAAUAAUCAUGAUACUAUGAAUAAAAAUGAUGAAUCAUCAUCUGAAUCAACCAAUCAUCAUCAACAUCAAAAUGAAUCACACUAUUUGAAUACUGGCUUCACUUUGAUUGGUUAUACAUUUCUACUUCAAAUUAUUUUACAUAUAAUGACAUUUUUACUGAAUAGUCUUUCUUAUCGUUAUAUAGAUACAGCUAGUUUAGGUUUAGUUAAUGUUCGAAUUGGUUUAUUUUAUUCAACAUUAAUAUUUACUUCAAGAGAAGCAUUUCGUCGUGCAUGUCUUAGUCGUGGUGGUGAAUUAAUCAAUAAUAAUAAUAGUAAUAAUAAUAAUAAUAGCAAUCGAGAAUCCACUGAUUCAUCAUCAUCAUCAUCAAGUCCAACUGUCAUUACACCAGCUGAUGUUAUUGUCAGUGAAGAUUUUGUUGAUGUUUCACAGUUGAUUGAACAUUCUACACUUAAAAAUAAUCAAGAUUCAAUUCAAUGCAAUAAACGAUAUACAGUACAAUUGUAUGAAUUAUUAAAUCUUGUUUGGUUAGUACUUCCUAUCGGUUUCAUGAUGACUAUACUGUUGAGUAUCAUAUGGAUAUUUAUUUUACCAUCACCAAGUAGUUUAAUGCAUGAAUCUUAUUCAGAAUUCAAUUUAACAUCAUUGAUUAUUGAACAACGUUAUUUCUUUUGUAUCAUCAUUUAUGCAUUAUCUGGUCUGUUUGAAUUAAUUACUGAACCAUUUUGGCUUAUUUGUCAAUUAUCACAUGAAAUUCGUGCAAGAAUUUUCAUUGAAACAUUUGCUAAUACUGCUCGUUCAAUUGGUAUAAUAUUUGCUAUAUUUACUGUACCAUCACAAUAUGCUAUUUAUUCACUUAGUAUUCCUCAACUUCUUCAUGGUUCAACAUUACUUAUAAGUUACUUAUUAUAUUUUCAAUAUGGUAUAUCACGUUCAACAUCAACUGGUGAAUUAAAACUUAAAGGAAUAAUAGGAAUCACUUCUUUGAAAGAUAUUUUACCAAAUUAUUUCCAAUAUUCUAUCGAUCGACAAGGCUUACAACUUGUUAAGAACUUUUUUGGUCAAUGUAUACUAAAACAACUUUUAACAGAAGGUGAACGAUAUUUAAUCAGUGCUUUUCAUUUGAUAAGUUUCAGUGAUCAAGGCAUAUAUGAUCUUGUCAAUAAUUUGGGAUCUUUAGCUGCUCGUCUACUAUUUUUACCAUUAGAAGAAAGUUGUCAUUUUAUGUUUAGUCAAUGUAUUCAAAGAGAUAUCUCUCCAAAUAAACAAAAUAAAAAAUUACUGACAGAUGCAUUUCGUAUGCUUAAAUUCGCUUUACGUUUAUCAAGUCUUAUAGCAUGGAUUGGUAUAACUUAUGCACAAGCUAAUUCUCGUUUAUUAUUAAUGAUUUAUGCUGGGCAUAGAUUAGCUGAUAAUUACACAGCAGUUAAUUUAUUACAAUUAUAUUCUGCCUACGUUUUAUUACUUGCAUGGAAUGGUUCCACUGAAGCGCUGCUGAAUUCAGCUAUGUCAACAACUGAAGUUUCACAUCAUAAUCAACGUUUAAUUAUAUUUUCUAUGAUAUUUCUUGGUGCAAAUUGGUUUUUUGUACCAAUAUUCAAUGUAUACGGUUUUGUAUUGGCUAAUUGUAUUAAUAUGAUAAUUCGUAUUUUAUAUAGUGUUUAUUAUAUUAAUAAAUUUUUGGAAAAAAUCGAUAAACCUGUUGACAAUGAAGAACAAAACAAUAAGAAUGGUAAUCAUGUCAUUAUUGAUAGUACUAAUAAUACUGGUAUGAGUAGUAGUGAUAAAUCAUCACUGUUCAAAUUGGCAUCAAAUUGUGAAAUUGAAAAAUUCUCAAAUAUUUCAUUAAUAUCAUUAAUGUUACCAUCAUUUAGUGAAUUAUGCAUUCUAUGCAUUUCACUUGUAUGCACUUUAAUUUCACAACAUAUUUUCUGUUGUUCAUUCGGUAUUUCAUGGAUGAUAUUACAUAGUACAAUUACUGUCGGAUUCUUAUUCAUUACAUUGAUAAUAAUUUAUUAUGAAGAAAUUGAUAUUUUCAAACUUAUUUCAAAUCGUUUACCAUUUUUAUUACGACAUAAAAAAUCACAAUAA